AUGACCGCCGCAGCUGCCUCUCGAGGGGCGAGCGAUCCUACGGCAGAACAGACACUCGCCAGCCCUUCAAACCGUCCUCUCGCGAACACGAUGAUCCCAGAGGAAACGCGAUCGACUUCUGAGGAAGGACCGCGUCCAAACCUGCCACGGACUUGGCAGACGGAGAGACCACAAGUUACAGCGAGAUACUCUGUACUGCCAGCACGAAUGGCGCGCAUGGGAACAAACACCUCUGCUCUAAACACCGCUAUCCUGAGCGCUUCUCGCGGCGAUGACACCUCUUCUUCCGAGUCAUCGUCAGACGAAAACGACCAGCAAGGAACCUCGCCACCAAAGAAACACUCGAGAGCUCGACCGCAUCGCCGUGGGCAUCAGCAGAAGAAUCGAGAAAGCCGCGAUAGUGGAGAAUACAAUAGAUUUAACGUGGGCAAUGACGAUUUCAACACGAAAGGUAGAGUGUCGAAGAAAGAUGGAAGGUUGAAUAUCAGUGUCAAUGAAACAAGUAACACAGGAUACUUGGCGAAAGCUCUGGGUGCGACCUUUAUGAAAGACCUGAAGCCGGAGACGAAGCAGGAGACAAGCAAAGGCGACAAACCGGGAUUUUCAAGAUCGUCUUCAGGUACGACAAUUACAUCUGAUUUACCGCGGCCAACACUCAACAUCGUGGUCAUGGUCAUUGGUAGUCGUGGAGAUAUUCAACCAUUCCUCAAGUUGGGCAAGAAUCUCCAGGAGUAUGGGCACAGAGUCAGAAUCGCCACACAUCCAGCUUUCAAAGACUUUGUGGAGAAAGAUUCAGGCCUUGAAUUCUUUUCGGUUGGUGGCGACCCUGCUGAAUUGAUGGCAUUCAUGGUAAAAAAUCCUGGUAUGAUCCCGACCAUGGACACGCUCAAAAAGGGCGAAGUCGGGAGGCGACGAAGUCAAAUGGCGGAAAUGUUCGAAGGCUUUUGGCGUGCUUGCAUUAAUGCUACUGAUGAUGAGAAAGAUGUUUCUAACUUGAAAAUGAUGGGAGAGAAGAACCCAUUUGUGGCGGAUGCUAUUAUCGCCAACCCACCCUCUUUUGCUCACAUACAUUGCGCUGAAAGACUUGGUAUUCCUUUGCAUCUUAUGUUUACGUUUCCAUAUACCCCUACACAAUCGUUUCCUCAUCCUUUAGCGAAUAUCAAAAAGACGAAUGUUGAUCCUGGAUAUGCGAAUUUUAUGUCGUAUCCAUUGGUGGAGAUGAUGACAUGGCAGGGUCUCGGUGAUCUGAUUAAUAACUUCCGGGUCAAGACGUUAGGCCUCGAGCCCGUCUCUACCCUGUGGGCUCCAGGUCAACUAUACCGGAUGAAAGUUCCUUACACAUACCUUUGGUCACCUGGCUUGAUACCUAAGCCGGCUGAUUGGGGACCUGAGAUUGAUAUUGCAGGUUUCGUGUUUUUGGAUCUCGCUUCUUCGUUCAAACCUCCUGAGGAAUUGGUAAAAUUUCUGGAUGCCGGACCACCACCAGUAUACAUUGGCUUUGGAUCUAUUGUUGUUGACGAUCCUGACAAGUUCACUGCCAUGAUUUUCGAGGCUGUCGAGAAGGCGGGAGUCCGAGCUCUGGUUUCGAAGGGGUGGGGAGGUCUCGGUGAUGAAAACAAUACACCAGAUAACAUCUUCAUGCUCGAAAACACUCCACACGACUGGCUUUUCCCGAAAGUCGAAGCCGUCGUACACCACGGUGGUGCGGGUACGACUGCCAUUGGACUGAAGUGUGGCAAACCAACAAUGGUUGUUCCUUUCUUCGGCGAUCAGCAGUUCUGGGGUUCAAUGAUUGGAAAAGCUGGAGCUGGUGCAGAGCCAGUACCUUACAAGAGCUUGACUGCAGAUAAACUGGCUGAAGGUAUUAAACAGUGUCUUACUGACAAGGCGAAGGAGGAGGCUAUGGUGAUUGCAAAGAAUAUUGAAGCCGAGGGAGAUGGUGCCAAAAACGCGGUCACUUCAUUUCAUAGAAGCUUGGUUCUGAGAGGAGAGCAUUCGAUGCGCUGCUCAGUCUUAGAAGAUAGAGUUGCCGUAUGGAUCCUCAAAGACACCCGUCUUCGGCUUAGUGCACUGGCCGCAGAGCUUCUAGUCCAGAAGAAGAGAAUAUCCUGGAAACAACUUCGGCUCAUCCGUCACAACGAGUGGAAUGACUUUGAAGGGCCUGGUGAGCCGUUGACAGGUGGUGCGACUGCCAUAAUGGGAACCGUUACUGGAAUUGCUUCUGGUAUUGGAAGCAUUCCUUUCAGGCUUAGGAAGACCACCAAACGUCGGACUGAAAAAGAAGAGCGGCGGCAAAGAAAGUCACAGGAAGCUCAAGCCAAGAGCAGUGUGCACAAGUCACUACGAAAGAAUGGGAUAGAAAAAUCAAAGUCAAACAGUGUUAGGAGUCCAUCAAGUAACGGAGUUACCGGCAACGGCCAGCCAAAGGAAUCAACAGUCAAUGGGGCGGGUGAAAAUGAUCACCCGGUAGUAUCUCCAGCCCAACAAACCAUUAAUGAACGAGUCGCUGCUGAGCACAUGGCUACUGUCGCCCCAGGCCCGAAAACUCCUAUUCUAGGAAUGGGAAAACAUACGCCAUCUGGGGAGCCAAUACCUGCACACCGUGCCGCCAAUGGUGAUUCCGCGGAGGAUUACUUUGACAAAGCAUCGAUCGCAACUGCACCUGAAGAUAAUCCCGCCGAGGAAUAUGCUAGAGAUGUUGGCGGUGGUUUGGGUCGGACUGGAGAAGCAGUUGCUCGUUUACCUAUGGAUCUCACUCUGGCAGUCGCCCAAGGAUUUCAUAAUGCUCCUCGACUUUAUGGAGAUACUACGGUCAGAAGGCCAACACGUAUUACCGGUAUGAAGUCAGGACUCAAAGCCGCUGGCGAGGAAUUCGUUUAUGGAAUUUAUGAUGGUUUUACUGGGGUAGUGGUACAGCCAUACAAAGGCGCUCGCGAUGGCGGUCCUGUUGGUUUCGUUAAAGGUGUUGGUAUGGGUCUCACUGGGUUUGUCCUUAAAGAUCUCGCAGCCAUUUUCGGACCCUUCGGCUACACCCUCAAAGGCGCCCAUAAGGAGCUGAUGAAAUCCAAACAACCAACCCAUUUCAUCCGCAAAGCCAAGAUCGUCCAGGGCCAACGCAACUUCAAGGCUCUCAGCGACGAAGAAAAGAAAAAGGCCAUCGAACAAGUCGAUCACGGCUGGGAGGUCGUGCAGCAAAUCUGGGAGAUCAUGGAAGAAAAGAAAGCUGAUGGCUUGAAAGGCAGAGUCAAGUUCCUUAAGGAGAAGAAGACGUGGAGAGCGAAUGGCGCGUUUGAGAAUGUGGAGAUGGCGGAGCGAGCGCUCGAGGCUAGACGAAAGGGUGAGAGUCUGGAGGGUGUUUUUGAGAGACAGCGUGAGGAGUUGAAACUUGCGGAGCGUCCGAGGAAGAAUGUGCAGCAGGAUAUGCAGGAGGGUGAGGGGGGUGUGGAGGAUGUUGGACAGGUUGUGCAGACUAAUGGGAGUGCGGAGCCGCCGGUUAAGAAGGUGCCUAGUUUGGCGUGA